AUGGCAGACACCUUCAACCAUCAACAAGGUCAACGAGCGCCGUCAUUUCUGGAGAAUCUGCCGACAGAGCUACUGCAGCACCUAGCCACCUGCCUGGGUGAUGUACGCUCACUUGCUUUAGCAAGCAAGACAUGUUGGCGAGCUACGCUACAUGUAACCUUUGCUGCCUUAUCGAUUCCACUCUCGACCACCGAUGCUCUUCACAGGAAUGUCGCAAGGCAAACCAGACUGCUGAAGAAACACGAAGCCUUUCGUCACGUUCGGAAACUCACGCUACUGCCAUAUGAGAAGCCACUGCCAUGGCGGUCCAUGGAAAACGAACUUGGGGACGGCCUCUACGACUGGCGAAAGUGGGAAUACCGUGCGGACGGGGAAAUGGUCACAGAAACACAUGACAUCGAGUGGGCACCAGUCGCGCGCUUCAUCGAAAGGCUCCCAGCCUUGAGCGAGGUCGACUAUUGCUGCUCGCCCCAAUUAGCACCUUGUUUACUCACUGCCAUCGAGUCCAAAGCACACUGCAAGCUGUCGUUGGGGACUUUUGCUUUACGCAGUUUCAUGGGUAGACCUCUUCCGACCAACAUCAGCCUCAAUCCAUACGAGGUGCGACUCAUCACCUCGCCAAGUCUGCACAGCAUCACGCUCAACAGCUUCAAAUGCCUUGAUCCUUACACCCUCGAAGCUGUGAGAUGUAGGAUUUCAGGCUGUGCUCCGAAUCUUCGCAAAAUGGGCAUAAAUCAAGGAAGAUCGCCCGCUGGACUGGACAUUUUGGGUGCCAUGAACAGACCGGAACCAGAGUGGCACGGCAGUGAACUAGGAGCGAGGAGAUCCACCCAAGUACCAGGCACAGGUAUCGAAGCCUUGGAGUUGUCCUCCCGAGGCGGUUUGUCCUUUCGCGAUCUGAAAGCUUGGACAGAAGUGAUCGACUUCGAUACUUUGACAGACCUCAGACUGCAUGGCUUUGCUGUCACAAGCCUUGUAGCAUGUCUGGCAGAAGAUGUCAGUUUGAAUUCUUUGAAGACCCUAGUCCAACCCCUCCCCCGCAACACAAACGCUACAGACCCCGAGCAAAAAGCUGCGACAAUGAACACCCUGGCUACAAAAUUGUUCCGCAAAAUGCCUGUAUUGCAUACUCUAAGAAUCUCCGGAGCCCUGAGCCGUAAUAUCUUGGACAGAAUCGUCACAAACCAUGGGCACAAUCUCCGGAAGCUCACGCUUAUGCCAUAUUGUGAGGAUUGGGGGCUGAAAGCCUUGGGCGGCAGCAGCAUCCAAGAUCUGCAUUUCUUGAAUCUACAAGAACUCUCUAUUCCCAUUCAUCGAACACUUGGCUCCGAGUUGGAGCGACAUACUUAUCGUACCAUUGCCGAGAAAUUUCCACGCCUCGAGACUGUCCGGCUCCUCCUCAACUGUAGCCAUCACGGCCGGGACUACAUCCCAAGGCCCGGACGUGAAGAGCAGGCAUUUGACGAGAAGUAUUCGUUCACCGAUUCCCGGGAUGAUCAGCCAGCGCCGAUCUCGUAUGUUUUGCUCAAUCAUGCUGUCGAUGCCGACUUGAUUUCGAGUGUCUUUCAUUACAUCAACCGACAUCGACCAUCCGGCUCCUUUUCCUUUCGACGACUUGAGCUUCGCGUGUGGAAUUUCGAUGGGCUUCAAUACCCUGACGAAUUAGACGAUUUGUGCGAGGACGUACUAGGCAUGCCUUACGCGUGCUAUUGGAAGACACCAGGGGAGAGACAGAGAGGGGUCGUAACUGAACGGAUAGAUGCAUGGCAUACGAUGGAGAGGGGAUGUUUUGACCUUGAAGAUGAUAAUCUAAGGGAAGCUUUCCGAUCACUCUGGCCUUUUAAGGAUGGACAGAAUUGGACGAAGUGUUGGAGAAGUGUCCCGUUACGAGACUUUGAUGACUCGUUGUGA